UACGAAAAACACUUAGUCUUUGCAGCUUUGAUCAGUCAAGAUAAAUGUAUUUUUAAUAUAAAUAAUAUAUAUUUUAUAAAGCAACUAAACCAAGCAAAACAAGAGAUAAAGGCAGCACAAAAGACGAUGUUCCAAGCGUCAAAGAAAGCCCAGCAGAAGUACAUCCCUGGACUGACGUCACGACCAGAUGACCAGCCUUUGCCACCUGGGGCUUUACAAAAUGCUCCAAAGGAGAUUCCCCAAGAACUGAUCGAAAGCUUCAAGAAUGGUUCGAAGCAAGCUGUCAUGGCUGUUCAUGAGUUCUGUACCUUAAAAAGAUGGCCGCUUUCUUUCAAAGAAGUGGCAUCCGACGUACAAUCAUUCGGAACACAGUUCGCAAUGACAUGCACUGUAAAUGGGAAGGAAUACCCACAAGGUUCUGCGAGGACUAAAAAGGAUGCAAAAUCUAAUGCUGCUAAGAUAGCACUGUCCAUAAUACUGGGUGUCUAUGACGAUGUAGUAGAGGGCUCAGACGAUGAAAAUGUAGUGUACGAUUCCAUGGGGAGGAAGCUGUGCACCAGUACAGGUAUGACACAGUACGAGUCUGCUGCCAAGAAAAGUAUAAUGAGACACCUAAACAUGGAGCAGCAUUUAGGAGGCGCCCCCCAGGUACAGAAUCCCGUCACUGCCUUACAACAGUAUUGUGCUCUACACAGUAUGCCUUUCGAAAUAGAGGUCGGUGAUGAAAAAGGUCCAAUGGGGUUUGAGGCAUUUGUGCUGAUUAACGAUGACAUAGUGGGAGAGGGCACUGCCGAUAACAAGAAGGACAGUAAACGUAAGGCGUGUCAGAGCGCCCUCAACCACCUAAAGGAGCAGGACGAGAUCAGAAAGGCGUCGGAAGUAGUGAUGACGGAGGAGGACAAGAUCGCCCAAAUUUGUUGCCUUAAACUUGAAGACGUGUACAGAGAAGUGCCCCUGCUGGCACAGUGUAAGACGUCCUUUGCGGCCUUCAUUAUAAAAAGAGGUGAUGGAAACGGUCAGGUGGUUGCUGUGGGAACCGGCAACUCAUGUAUAGCAAAGAAAAAUCUCACAUUGGAUGGACGAUGUUUGAUUGACAGCUACGCCGUGGCUAUGGCUCGAAGGGCGUUACUGAAAUAUUUUUUUAAAGAAAUGAAGAGUUACUAUGAUGGCAGCAAAGUUUUAUCAAUAUUUGAACAAAUGUCAGAGAAGUCGUGUAUGUUAAAAAUGAAGGACUAUAUUAGUUUGCAUCUAUACCUGAGCGAGCCGCCCUGUGGAGACUACGGCUUCUACACAGAAGUGGAACCAACACCUAGUCCCGCGUUGACUGCAGAGCAGAAGGACUUGGUCGGUAAAGGAGCCCACUUUCCUGCGUUUAGUGAAGAGUUCCCAGGCUGGCUCUGUGUCAAAAACAGUCUACAGGAGGUGAACCCUGUGGAGGAGGAGGAUACUGGAAGGCAGACUUUGGCCGACCUUGAGACAGAGGAGCUUAAUGUGAUGUCAUGUAGCGACAAACUGCUUCUGUGGAACAUUGUUGGUAUCCAGGGGGCGCUCAAUUCCUGUUUCCUUCAACCAGUCUAUGUGAAGUCUAUAAUUGUUGAACGUCACUUUGAUCAUGGCCACUUCUGCCGGGCAGUGUGUUGCCGUGUGUACGAAGUACUACAGGAGUCUCUGCCUCCCCCCUACCACAUCAACCAUCCCACGCUCACCACAACUUCCCUGCCCUCCCCCGGCGAGGGACAGCACGUCACACCUCUGUGUAUGAACUGGUCUGAGGGAGACGAGAAGGUUGAGGUUCAUGAUGGAAACACUGGCCGGGCAUCUGACAUGUCUCCGCACAAGGCCGGGGCCAAUGGUGCAAGUCGCCUGUGUAAGGCUGCAUUUCUACACCGAUUUAAGGAGCUGGCUAAGGCCACAGAGCAGUACCAGCUGCUCCAGAUUCCGUCAUUCACUGCCGCUAAACAAACCGCCAAGAACUACCAGGCAGCUAAACAGGCAUUCUACUCUCACUGUGUGCAGAUCGGCGUCGGCAAGUGGAAUAGGAAACCUAAAGAAGUGGAUAGUUUUGGAAAAUAAAACAUUUUUACCGUCCAAGGGAGAUAAGCUGUCAAUUUCAGCAAUAAUCUGGAGAAAAACUUGACAACAGAGUUCUUAUCACUGUUGUUAUCAAUGACAUUUAGUUUGAUAAUAAUCAGAGAAAAAUUAUGAUUUUUUAAAUGCAGUCAUUUCAAAUCAAUGGGAAUAAAAUGCUUCGUCGUGUUUGACCAGGUAGUCUUAUUCCUUUCACAGAAGAGUGCGUGGAAAAAAAGACAACUUCAGGGAGUUUUUAUGUAAUAUGUAGAAAGUUGUUUUUUGUCAACUUUUCAGAGGCAAAGUCUGAAUGUCUUGUAAUUGUGUACACAUACUUUGAAAGUCUCAGGCAAGGCUUACGAGAAAUCAAUGUUAGCAAGUUGUUUUUUGUCAGCUUUUCAGAAGCAAAGUCUGAAGGACUUGUAAUUGUGUACACAUACUUAUAAAGUCUCAGGCAAGGCUCACUAGAAAUCAGUGUUAGCCCUCGUGCAGGAAGUUCAUCUUUAUUAUAUAAACAAAGAACUGUUCCCUUACUGGUCACAUGUGAUAAAUAGAAGUGACCAAAGACAGACGGUUUCAUACAAAAAUACUCAUCUUCCUUUCAUCUUGACCAAAUUGUAGUGAACGCAGAAUUCAGGUUUUCAGCUUUACAAAAAGUUGAGAGCAUUUGGUUUUUUUUGGGGGGGGGGGGGG